CUACAAGAGUAAGUACACACUAGAAUGUUUGUGCGGCAAUCAGCUGACGGGCCGAUAAGAUUUGUACGUAUAUUGUGAAUAAGAAGAGUCGGAGUUCGGACACGGACAGCGCAACAGAAGCAGUGCAGUGGCAUCUGGCAUCGGCGGUAGCGAAUCAAAUCAAAAAGAGACAAACUCUCGUGUCCGGGACCUGCGGCCAUACACAGAGGUGCUACUGGAGCUGGCAGAGCGCAGCAAAUUCAAGUCCGCGGUGGACGGACGUCUUCUGGAGCAACGACGACGACGACGGAGAGGAGACACACGCAGAAAGAUAGAGAGACAAAGAAUUACGAGGAGCACUGCUGGAAGCUACGACUGCAACACCAAACUACGAGUACGAUAAGACAGCAGCGAAGCAGUCUUCAGCAGAAGCAGAAAGAAAAUAGCAAAGACAUAAGAGAUUGACAACGGGUGAAGGCCAAUGCCCAUCUGGUAUCGGUCGCUGGCCACUUCCUGCAACUAUUCGCUAAUUACACUUUGCUCCGCAUAUCCUUGCAAGACGUUCGGUUUCCUUGGACAUAAGAAUUUCUUCUCAUUCUCGUUUCUUUCAUUUGGUUUCUUUUUACUACAUUUGUGAUUACGUCGGUGUACGGUUUUGUUAUUGUUGUUGUUGUUUCUGCCGCCGUUGUUAUACGAUUAUUGCAGUUGCCGUCGUCGAGGAGUUUUUUUGUUUUUUUUUUUGCUUUUUUCGAUCAUCGAUUUAAUUUUUUUUUCGGCGGUAUUUUUUCGAUCCAAUAGUUCGGGUUUUCGAUCUAUAACGGGCAUGCGGCCGAUGUUCGAUUUAAUAAUUCUUCGUGCGGUGCUCGCGAGUUGAAAAUUUUCUACAAUAAAAAAACCACCGUGGUAAACAUGUCGGUUAAUGUUUCUUACUAAACGCCACCACCGGACCGGUUUUUAAACUGUAAACAAUUCGCACGUGGACUUUGGUCUUCAAAAAACUAAUAUUGUCGUAAAAAUAAAGCUCAGAAGAUAAAUGAGGGUAGGAAGCAGGGGGCGACGUCGACGUCGCCACCGAACACUACACGAUAUCUACGAGCAACGCUGCACAGACAACAAUAAAAUGGAAAAACCUAUUUGUAGUACGAGGAUCGACGACGACGAUGAAGACGAUAUAAUGAAUACGACAACGACAACGACGACGACGACGACUAGCAGCAGAAACAACAGUAAUUUGAAAAGAUACUGGACGGUGAUCGCGAGCAGUGCCCUCUUCGCAUUCAUGAUACCGGUUACGUGCGGCGCGAUGCUUCCGGCUUGGGAAACGCAGCCGUCGUCUGCAGGAAUGGGACGAAACAUUCGGCAUUUGCCUUGCGUAAGCCGACGAACUGGAGAAACCGGCCUAUGCAUGUUCGCGUAUUCUUGCGCCAAAGCGAACGGUACACAUUUAGGCACGUGCAUAGAUAGAUUUUACUUCGGCAGCUGUUGCAAAAUAGCCAGCGGCACCGAUAUCGAUACCAUCGAGCCGAUCGUACACAAUAAUUUACCAAACAGAGAAGACACGCUGGUCAGUACGAUAAAAUCGACGUACCAAAGGCCUUCGUCUACGUACUCGGAUCUGUCGCUGGUGUCGAGCAGCCCGGGCCCCAGUACCACCGCAUCGAUGCCCGUAUCGAUGUCGACGAUGAGUCGUCCUUUAUCGGUGGUAUCGAUACCAUCGUCGUCGACGGUAGGCGAUCUGUACUCGUCGACGUAUCAUCAUAAACCAAGUUCUACCAGGCCUUUGGUGACCGCCAACAAAGGCUCGUUCGAUUCGUCUUCGACGGCGACCUCGAGAACGCCCACGUUUAACGUGACGUUCUCGCAGACGUAUUCGUCGCCGACGACACAUGUUACCACGUCACCGCUGGUGUACUCGACGACCGUAACGACCACGUUCCAAACCGGCACACAUAAGCCAUUACCUGUUGGAUCGACGACCGCGUACUCGAAACCUAUAACGAAGCCAUCGUCAUCGUCAUCGUCAUCGUCGUCGUCUCAAAAACCAAGUUCAACCAAACCGACCAAGCCGACAUCGCAAAACACCGGCAAACCAGGCUCGCCAAACAAAACCAAACCAAAACCUCCCGUCAAGCCGGUGGUUACGGGCACUCCGACGUAUCCGGCCAUCUACACGCCUCCCUCAUCCACCAUCAGUUCGCUGAUAAAUAAAACCACGCUGCAUUCGGCUUUCACCAACAACGGUUUGAGCUCGAAACCUGCAUCGCUCGUUACCGAGCCCUCAGUUCCUAUAAAACCAUACCCUUCGUCGACUCCGGGCAUUCCUACGCCCAUCAAUCAAUUCACAUCGUCGUCCAAGAAACCCACCAAACCUCCUCCAUACAGACCGAGUCCCUCAACAGCACCUCCUCCUUCCUCCAACUACGUCAAGAUACCCGUCUCGACUGUAUCAUCGUCCAAUAAACCACCAUCCACCGUAUCUUCGCUAUCCAGUCAUAUCCAAACAAUCCAUACCAUUUACACCACACCAACGUAUCCGACCACCGUGGCCGUAUCUGCAGACACCACAGCUUACCUCAAGUUCAACUCUUCGACGGUGAGCGAAAACGAAAUCACAGAGAGGCCGCAAUCGCCAUCGAGUUAUUGGACGACGGCAACAACACCGUCGGAAAAACCACCCUCGAGACCGUGGAGUUCGUCGAGUUCUUCAACAGCUACUACGUCUCAGCCACCUUUUGUCACGUGGACUACCAUCGAGGAAGUUCCAGCAGUCAUUUUACCAGAUCGAAUGAAACCUUCGAGCACACUCAAACCAUCCACUAGUAAUAAAUAUACCACCAAACCUUCGACAUCUUAUCCUACCUAUCCUAAGCCAUCGUCAUCUACUGGUAAACCAACCAAACCUACUAAACCAUCAGAAUACGAAGUAGAUUAUAGACCAACGAUCACUUCCAGCAGUAGCAGUUCGACUGGUACCACCACUGCUACUUCUCCUUCCUGGGUUGAAGUAUCGGUGACUACUCAUGCUCCUUCGUCGCCAGCAGCAUCGAGUAGCUCGGAAUUCAGUAGCAUUUCUACCACAAACAUCAUAACGACUCAGACAUCAUCUAAACCCAGUACCAGUGUUACGAUACCUGUUGUUAGUCCAUUACCAAUUGAGACUACUCCUUCUUCAUCGAUUGAAACUAAUGAAAUUGAAUCUUCAGCUCUAAAUAUGUCCGACUACAAAGAAGUUUGCGGACGUCGAUUGUUCCCUACAGCUCGGAUUGUUGGAGGUGAAAAAGCCUCGUUCGGAAAAUGGCCAUGGCAGAUUUCAUUACGACAAUGGAGGACCUCAACUUACCUACAUAAAUGCGGAGCAGCUUUGUUCAAUGAAAACUGGGCCGUUACAGCAGCUCAUUGCGUCGAAAACGUACCACCGAGUGACUUACUCUUGAGGUUAGGCGAAUUCGAUCUGCAAACCGAAGAAGAGCCUUAUGGAUUUCAAGAAAGAAGAGUUCAAAUAGUCGCCUCGCAUCCUCAAUUCGACCCUCGAACUUUCGAAUACGAUUUAGCUCUUUUACGAUUCUACGAACCGGUUCAAUUCCAACCAAAUAUUGUUCCGAUUUGUGUACCGGAAGAUGAUACCAAUUUUGUAGGAUCUUCUGCCUUUGUGACCGGUUGGGGACGACUUUACGAAGAUGGUCCACUUCCCACUAUUUUGCAAGAAGUAUCAGUGCCUGUCAUCAAUAAUUCCGUUUGUGAAAGCAUGUACCAAAGUGCUGGUUAUAUUGAACACAUACCGAAUAUUUUCAUCUGUGCUGGAUGGAAAAAAGGAGGUUUCGACUCAUGUGAAGGUGACUCGGGAGGUCCGAUGGUGAUCCAGAGACCAGACAAACGUUGGCUUCUGGCCGGAAUCAUAUCCUGGGGUAUCGGCUGCGCUGAACCAAACCAACCCGGAGUUUACACUCGUAUUUCAGCAUUCCGAGAUUGGAUCAAUCAAAUACUACAAUUUUAAAAUUUAAUUACUCGCUAUCAUUUUUCUAGACCCAGGGUCUUUAUUCGUCAAUUUAUCGCGUUUUGAUUUUUUUUUAACCGUGAGAAUUUUAAGACGUAUGAUGAUAUUUGAAUUUUUAAAGUUCGUGUAACGAGAUGCUGAUUUGUUUCGAUUACCUACGGGAUAAGGUGGUUUUAAAUUACCGCUACGAAGGUGUCAAAUUUGCGUCGAUGAGUGUAAUAAGCAAAAUAAUAACAAAAGACGUAUUAUUGUAAUACGAGUUGAGAAUCGCUGCGUUAUGACGUGUGUAUUUAUACUAUUCUUUCAUAUUAAAUGAUGUACAUUUUGUAGGUACUGUACCGGUGUAAAAUAUUGUAUUAUAUAUUUAUUGCAUUUAUUCGUACGCUCGUCGAAAGGUAUUUCCAUACUUAUGUAAUUUGUUGAUUACUGUUGUUGUCGUAGCUUUUUCGAUAUCGUAGGCUUUCCACAGCCUUAUAGAGAUUAUUUAUUUUCUUCAGUAUUAAUAUUUUUAUGUGGCAAUUUUCUCUAUUGUAUUGACAACGAAUUUUAAUGUGUUCAUUUUUACAUUGACUUUUUUUUAGAAAAAAAAAGAAAAGAAAACAGUAUUUUAAUUAGAUUUUUUUUUAUACUCUUGCGCGCAUUUUAAACUUUUUUUAUCUUCGGUUUUUAUUUAACUCGGGUGUUUCUUUCUUAUGUAAAAUCUUGUAUUCGUGAUGUUGUGUGAACUUUCAUUAUUAUUUAUGUAUUUGGAACUGAUGAUAUGUUAAUUUUAUUCUUUCAAAUUGACAAAUUCACUUCUAUUUAUGGAUGUAACGUUCUUUUUAAAAAUUUAAUUUUUGGAUGUGGAUAAUGCGACAACGAAUUAUUAUUUAUUUAUUUAUUUUUUUGAAACGUUACGAAUAUUUUUUUUAAUACGGUAAAAUUAUUAUUAAAAUAGACCUAUCUAAUGAGAUCCGAAUAGGGCUAUUAUUUUAUUUCGAACAAUUGAAAAAUAAUGCAUUUAAAAAUGGCUGCGUUUUUUUUUACGAUGUUUGUGAUUUGAUUUAUUUAGUUAGGUUUAUAAAAUUAAUUGUGAUGUUAUUUAUUGUAUUUUUCGUACUUUGUUAUUGUAAUGUGUAUAUAUAGAUGGUAAUUUAAUGUAAAAUGGCAUUUAUUUAAAAUAUUUGUAUUUUCCAAGGUGGUAAAAUAAUGAUUGUUAUUGCGUAUCUGUGUCGCGAGUACAAUACUGUUUAUUUAUUUCUUUUUUUUCUCUCUUUGAUUUUCUUAUGUGGUUUAACGUUUUUUCUCUUUCUAUGUCAAUAAAGUUAUAUUUUUUCAUA